AUGUCUCGCUACGCCGCCGUCCACGCCUGGGAUAACCUCGCCGGAGAAAACGACGCCCGCCCAACCGCCGAACAAAUCAUCAAAGACGCCGGCAAGCAAGACCUCAAAGGCCAAGUCAUCAUCAUCACGGGCGUCUCCUCCGGCUGCGGUGCCGCCAGCGCCCGCGCCCUCGCCGCCACCGGCGCGGAGCUCUACCUCGCCGGCCGGAGCGUCCCCAAGGCCAAGGCCGCGCUCUCCACCAUCGCCGACAUGCCCAACGUCCACUUCCUCGAGCUCGACCUCGCGUCCAACGCCAGCAUCAAGACCUUUGCCGCCGACUUCCUGAAGCAGUCCGGCGGCAGGCUCAACGUCCUGCUCAACAACGCCGGCGGAGUCAUUGCCGAGCGCAAGGUCACCGAGGAUGGCUUCGAGCGCCAGCUCGCCAUCAACCACCUCGGCUCAUUCCUCCUCUUCGCCCUCCUGAAAGACGCCCUUCUCGCCAGCGCCUCGCCGUCCAACCCCAGCCGCGUCAUCAACGUCACCAGCGUCGGCCACCGCUACGGAACCAUCCGCUGGGACGACCCCAACUUCGAAAAGGGCGAGUACAACCCCACCGCCGCCUACGGCCAAGCCAAGACGGCGGCCGUCUACGCAGCCUCCGAGAUCGACCGCCGCUACGGCGCGCAGAACCUCCACGCGUGGAGCGUCCACCCCGGCGGCAUCGUGGACUCUGCGUUUCUGACCAACAGCGGCUGGGACAAGAGCUUCCUUGACAACAUGGUAGCUAACUGGCCCAAGAAGCUCUUCAAGUCCAGCGAGCAGGGCGCCGCGACGCAGGUGUGGGCUGCUGUGAGCGACGAUGUCCUUGCUGAGGGCGUGACGGGCAAGUAUCUGGAGGACUGUAGCGUGGCGGUGCACAUGUCCAAGUCGGAUAGUCCGGAAUGGAGGGGACACUGUGACCAUACGUACAAUGAGGAGGAUGCGAAGAGGACUUGGGAGCUGAGCGAGAAGUUGCUUGGGAUCAAGGUCUGA